AAUGCCACGUUUCCGCUCAUUUGUGUCGGGCGACUACACCUCCUUCCGCCGUGACUUCUUCUUCUCACACGAUUUGACCGGGUAACCCUACCGCGAGCCUUGAGGAUGUAUAAGUAGAAGAGCUGAAACUCCUUCGAGUUCUCUUAUAAUCCUCCAUCUAUGGUUACACAUCUAGCGCCCUCAAAUUCUCGCCUGUACGAUCCCCCUUUUGACUGGGACCCUUCCAUGGAUUUCCCCAGCGACACAGAAGACAGUGAUGCAUGUUCACUGUCUUCAUCAAGUGUCUUUAGCUCUCCGCCCAGUCCUUCAACUCCAAGGACCUCCUAUGUACCCUCGGCGCGUUCAGCAUCUCCUGCGCCUUCUGUCUGGUCAAUUACCAGCUCAAUGCGCGCUCAAGCUUUCAAGCACGAAUAUGGGCGAGGUCUUAACAACUACUCCGAGGUCUAUCGUCUUCCUGCCGACGAUGAGGAGUUAGAGCGUCUCGAUGCUCAACAUUUGUUAUUCAUGGAAAUAAUGGGAAAAUAUCCCCCUUGCAUGGAAGAAGUCAUGGCGGAUGAUGUUCCCGGUGAGACCAAAGCCGUGCUCGAUCUUGGUUGUGGGAGUGGAAGCUGGAUAAUGGACGUUGCCCGCGACUUUGCCCAUUGUUCUGCCGUCGCUGUUGACCUAGUCCCAAUGCAAUCAAUAUAUAUGCCACCUAAUCUUAGAAGCGAAGUCGAUGAUAUUAACCUCGGUUUGGAACAUUUUUAUGGCGACUUCAAUGUUGUACACGCAAGGUUGAUAUCUUCUGGAGUUAGGGAUUACGAAGGACUGAUUAACCAAAUUAGCAUGAUCCUUCGUCCCGGAGGUCUCAUAGAUCUCAUGGAGUUCGAUUUUCAUGUGUACGACGAGAAUCACCAAGUCAUUGAGCUGGAAACCUCCAAGAUUGCGGAGCCUUGGUGGCCUCGUUGGCUAGCUUUUGCCAAUCUUGCCGCCCGUGACAGAGGCGGAAAUGUUGAUGCUGCUACUUAUAUUCACUCUUGGGUAGCGAAUCAUCAUGCGUUUGAGAAUGUCGCCUAUGAAGAGUACUGGGUGCCUACCUGUGGUUGGAGAACCGAUUCGGAGUUCAUGAUGCGAAUAGGUGUUACUUUGCGCGACGACAUCCUGGCCUUUUUGAAGUCUGGUCGGCCUUUACUGCUCGGUAGCGGGGUGCCCGAAGACCUCGUAAAUGAACUCGAAGCCAACGCUGUAAAAGAACUACAUUCUGGCAGGGCUCGUCAUUACAUUCGGCUACAGUGUGUCCAUGCUCGCAAGAAAGGAAACUGAGUGGCUCAUUGUGGUUUCCUUUUUAUAUAUCAAACACCUCUAAUCUACGAAUUGCCCCAAAUAAUGCAGUGGUAUCCAGUAAUUCCCAAAAUCUCUUGAUUUGUUUGUAUUCAUCGUAGUAUUGCUCUACUUACAGUUUGUAAUAAUUUCUUUCAUAAUUGACUAUCGUCUUACGGGCCGAUAAUCCGUCCU